UGACAACAUCAGGAAUUCUCUUUCUUCUUUUGUGAGAUUCCUGCUUUAUUUUUCUUUUAAUCCAAGGGCUGAGUCUUUGGUUCAGGAAUCAUGAUUGUCCGAGGACGCCACUUCUGGCUGACCCUUUUGUUUCUAUGCGCCUCCGCCAUCGACCCAGAUGGCCCUUUGGAGGACAUAACCGUUUUCGACUUGUUUGAAAGAAGUGGAAUUACACAAAAGACCAUUGGGGUAAAGUUAUUCCGAGGCCCAGACUCUGAAUCCCCGACAUAUCGCUUCAUCCGAUUUGACCAUCUUCCCUCAGUCAACCCUAAAGCUUUACAGCAGAUUCUGCAGCAAAUACAGAACAAUGAGGGUUUCAUUUUGACAGCAACUUUGCGCCAGGAUCGUUCAUCCCGUGGCACCCUUCUCUCUCUUCAGGGUCCUGGGGAACGCAGGCAGUUUGAGGUGCUUUCUGAUGGCAGAGCCAACACACUUGAACUGGUGUACUGGUGGGCCGAUGGCUCACGUAAUGUCAUCUCAUUUGAGGAUGUUGAGUUGGUAGAUUCGCAGUGGAAAAACAUCACGCUGCAUGUACACGGUGAGACAGCGACACUGUAUGUGGGCUGUAACCUUAUUGACAGCUUCAUCCUUGAUGAGCCUUUCUACGAGCACCUGCGUGCUCCUGGUGGACGUAUGUUUGUGGCCAAAGGAUCCAGCCGUGACACUCAUUUCAGGGGUCUGCUGCAGAAUGUGCAAUUUAUUUUUGACACCCCUCUUGAGGAUGUCCUAGAGAGCCAUGGGUGCGAGCUAAUAAACCCAGAGGAGCUAAAUACAGUGAGUGAGAGCGCCGAACUGGUGGAUAUACCUUCCUCCAUUGCCACUAAUGUUAUUAGCCCAAACACGGAUCCUCCAACAGCAAGCCCUUCUGAGAUGAUGUGUGAGCGUUCGUGUGAGGAGUUGGCAAACCUUUUCCAGGAGCUCAAGGGCCUCCGGGUUGUUGUCAGCAACCUCAUUGACGGCUUGCAGAAAGUGUCAGAGGAGAACACUGCCAUGCGUGAAGCCCUUAAUAAGAUGCAGGACCCAGUGGCACAGAGCAUUUGCUGGCAAGAUGGGCGACUGUUUGAGAAUAAGGAAGACUGGAUUGUCGAUAGCUGCACCAAAUGCACAUGCCAAGAUGGAAAAGUAAUCUGUCGUCAGAUCACCUGCCCUCCUGUGUCAUGUGCCAGUCCAUCCUUCAUUGAUGGGGAGUGCUGUCCAGUUUGCCUUCCUAUGGACAGUGAAGAUGGUUGGUCUCCAUGGUCAGACUGGACUCAGUGUACAGUAACUUGUGGCAGCGGUACGCAACAGAGAGGCCGUUCUUGUGACGGCACCAGCAGCACAUGCUCUGGCCCCUCCAUCCAGACACGGAGGUGCAGCCUGGGAAAAUGUGACCGCAGAGUUCGGCAAAAUGGGGGCUGGAGUCUGUGGUCCCCCUGGUCCGCGUGCUCUGUGACCUGUGGGGAAGGGGUGAUCACUCGCAUACGCCAUUGCAACUCCCCUCUUCCUCAGCGAGGUGGCAAGGACUGUGAAGGAGAAGGAAGAGAGACACAAAGCUGCCAGGCUGAGCUUUGCCCAAUUGAUGGUGGCUGGGGCCCAUGGUCACCCUGGGCAAGCUGCUCUGCAACAUGUGGUGGUGGCCUGAAAAGUCGUGAGAGAGAGUGUAAUAGCCCCACUCCACAACAUGGGGGCAGAAAGUGUAUGGGAGAUUCUCUUGAAAAUGAAGUGUGCAACAAACAAGAAUGCCCUAUCAAUGGCUGCCUAUCAAACCCAUGCUUUGCUGCAGUGGAGUGCAACACUGCUGUCGAUGGUUCCUGGGGAUGCGGACCAUGUCCAGUGGGCUAUCGUGGCAAUGGAACCUUCUGUGAAGAUGUAAAUGAGUGUGAUAUGGUGUCGGAUGUGUGCCAUAAAGUGGGUGGGGUGCAGCAGUGUGUUAAUACAGACCCAGGAUUCCACUGUAAGCCUUGUCCACCACGAUACAAAGGUUCUGAGCCAUAUGGUAUUGGAGUGGAGUCAGCUAAAACAGACAAACAGGUUUGUGAACCUUACAAUCCAUGUAAGGACAACAGCCACAGCUGCAAUAAAAAUGCUGAGUGUAUCUUCCUCAGCCACGUCACCGAGCCCAUGUACAAGUGUGAGUGCCGUAUCGGCUAUGCUGGAGAUGGUAUUGUGUGUGGAGAGGACUUUGACCUUGACGGUUGGCCUAAUCAGGAUCUGGCAUGUGCAGCUAAUGCCACAUACCACUGCAAAAAGGACAACUGCCCUACCCUUCCCAAUUCUGGUCAAGAAGACUAUGACAAUGAUGGACAAGGAGAUGCCUGUGAUAAGGAUGAUGACAAUGAUGAGAUUGUUGAUGAAAGGGACAACUGUCCACUAAUGUACAACCCCCGACAGUAUGACUAUGAUAAGGAUGCUGUUGGUGAUCGGUGUGAUAACUGCCCAUAUGAGCCUAACCCUGCUCAGACUGACACAGACAACAACGGGGAGGGAGACGCCUGCGCUGUUGACAUGGAUGGAGACGAAAUUCUGAAUGAGAAAGACAACUGUCCGCUUCUUUACAAUACUGACCAGAAGGACACAGAUUUGGAUGGUGUUGGUGACCAGUGUGAUAACUGUCCAUUAAUUCACAAUCCACAGCAGACGGAUAGAGAUAAUGAUCUAAUUGGAGACCAGUGUGAUAACAAUCAGGACAUAGAUGAGGAUGGUCAUCAGAACAACUUGGAUAACUGUCCCUACGUUUCCAAUGCUAACCAAGCAGAUCAUGACAAUGAUGGUAAAGGAGAUGCCUGUGACCAUGAUGAUGACAAUGAUGGAAUUCCUGAUGAUCGGGACAACUGCAGGCUGGUGGCUAAUCCAGAUCAGCUGGAUGAAAAUGGUGAUGGUCGUGGUGAUGCCUGUAAGGACGACUUUGACAACGACAGCAUUCCUGACAUCUUCGAUGUAUGCCCUGAGAACAAUGCCAUCAGUGUCACAGAUUUAAGAAAGUUUCAGAUGGUGCACCUGGAUCCGAAGGGAACCCUUCAGAUUGACCCCCACUGGGUAGUGCGCAACCAGGGCAAAGAACUGGUACAGGCUGCUAACUCUGACCCUGGCAUUGCAGUGGGUUAUGAUGAAUUUAAUUCCGUGGAUUUCAGCGGAACCUUCUAUGUAAACACUGACCGGGAUGAUGAUUAUGCAGGCUUUGUGUUUGGCUAUCAGUCCAGUCGACGCUUCUAUGUGGUGAUGUGGAAACAGAUAACACAGACUUAUUGGGAGGAGAAGCCUUCUAAGGCCUUCGGUAUCUCUGGUGUGUCCCUAAAAGUAGUCAACUCCACUACAGGCACAGGAGAGUUCCUGCGCAAUGCCCUUUGGCACACAGGCAACACUAAGAAUCAGGUGCGAACUCUUUGGCAUGAUCCGAAAAACAUCGGCUGGAAGGACUACACUGCUUACCGUUGGCACCUUAUUCACAGACCCAAAACAGGUUUCAUUAGGGUUGUAGUGUACGAGGGAAAGCAGAUCAUGGCAGAUUCUGGCCCCGUCUAUGACAAGACAUUCGCUGGUGGAAGACUAGGGUUGUUUGUCUUUUCUCAAGAGCUCGUCUUCUUUUCUGACCUCAAAUAUGAAUGCAGAGACAUCUGAUUUAGAUAUGAAGACCUCUCCGUCUGUUGACUAAGACCUAAACAUCAAGUCAGAUGUUUCAGAUUCUGAGUAUGUCUUCAGUGUUACAUUGAUGGAAUACAUAGAUUUAGAGAAUUAAAGGACUUAUGACAGUGACAUUGAUAUUGAAAGUCAAAAUAAGGAUUAAAAGUC